AUGAAGGCAGGAAAACACGUUCUACUGGAGAAACCCUCCGUCUCCAAUGCGCAAGAGGCACGCUCUCUCUUCCAUCACCAGGUUCUCAAAGCUCCAAAUGCUCCUGUACUUGUUGAAGCGAGUCACUAUCGCUUCCACCCCGCCUGGUAUGUCUUUCUAACGCAAUUCGAAAAGGCAAAUGUAGAGAAAGCAAGUGUUCGUGCGGGAGCAUUCAAAGGAGCUUUCCCUGAAACGGAUAUCAGAUAUGACUACGAUCUUGCUGGUGGCGCUGCAAUGGACAUAGGGCAUUACACCCUAUCCGCACUACGAGGUGUCUUUGGAGCUGAGCCUACAGAUGUCACUUCUGCAACACCUAGCUUUUUUCAUCCAACACAACAUCAGCUCUGCGAUCGAGCCAUGGACGCUACUUACACAUUCCCUAACGGCGGUAGUGGUCACGUUCUGUCCGAUCUAGGUGCUCGAGGCGGGUACUGGUUUCCGUGGCUAACAUCAAACUGGCCAAAUUUCAGUGACCUGCUUGCCUCGAUCUCUGUAACUUUGCGCCCCGAGAACCUUGAAACAACUAACAACGGUCUACACAAGUCUAGCCAAAAGUCACUUAUGUUCUGGGGCUUCAUGGGCCCGCACUCUUACCAUCGCAUCGAUAUCACCACUACGACUACUUUGCGCGAUCCCUCUUCUGGCAAGAUUGUCAAGGAAGAAAAGAAGACGGAGUACAAGAAGGCGUACAAGUGGCCGGAUGGCAUGGGUGGUGAGAAAAAGGGUGAGGACUGGUGGGUUACGUAUCGGUACAUGCUUGAGGAGUUUGUGAAUAAGGUUAAGCGGAGAGAUGGGAGUGGUGCGUGGGUUGAUGGCGAGGAGAGUAUUAAACAAAUGGAAGCCACGGAUCGAACUUAUGAGAGAGCUGGCAUGUUGGUUAGACCUACUAGUAAGGAGAUGGAGUAG